GUAAAAGUGCCCACUAAUUAUAAACUGAAAUAAUCAGCCAGAAAGAAACAAUCAGAAAGCUGAGAUGAAAAGGUCCCAGACUUCGGCCCCGCGGGAGACCGUGGUCCCCGAGCGUGUCAGCAUCGCCACCCCAGAGCCAGCUGCUGCCCGUGGAGAGCCAGACCCCACCUUCACGCUCUCACGCCUCGGAGACAUGGGCGACCUGGAGCUGCUGCUGCCGGGCGAGGCUGACGUGCUAGUACGGGGACUGCGCAGCUUCCAGCUGCGCGAUAUGGGCUCCAGAGGGUGGAACCAGCAGCAUGAGAACCUGGAGAAACUGAACAUGCAGGCCAUCCUCGACGCCACGGCCAGCCAGGGCGAGCCCAUCCAGGAGCUGCUGGUCACCCAUGGGAAGAUCCCGACGCUGGUGGAAGAGCUGAUUGCAGUGGAGAUGUGGAAGCAGAAGGUCUUCCCUGUGCUGUGCAAGCUGGAGGACUUCAAGCCCCAGAACACGUUUCCCAUAUACAUGGUGUUACACCACGAGGCCUCCAUCGUCAACCUCCUGGAGACAGUGUUCUUCCACAAGGAGGUGUGCGAGUCAGCAGAGGACACCGUCUUGGACCUGGUGGACUACUGCCACCGCAAACUGACUCUCCUGGCGGCCCAGAGUGGCCGUGGUGCCCCCCCUGAGGAGGAGUCCCAGUACAGCAGCCCCAUGCAGGAGCUGCAGAAGCAGGCAGAGCUGAUGGAAUUUGAGAUCGCACUGAAGGCCCUCUCAGUGCUUCGCUACAUCACAGACUGUGUGGAUAGCCUUUCCCUGAGCACCUUGAGCCGCAUGCUCAGCACCCACAACCUGCCCUGUCUCCUGGUGGAAUUACUGGAGCACAGUCCCUGGAGCCGGCGGGAAGGAGGCAAGCUGCAGCAAUUUGAGAGUGGCCGUUGGCAUACAGUAACCCCCUCGGAGCAGCAAAAACUGAGCAAGUUGGAUGGGCAGGUGUGGAUCGCCCUAUACAACCUGCUGUUAAGCCCUGAGGCCCGGGCCCGCUACUGCCUCACAAGCUUUGCCAAAGGACAGCUACUCAAGCUUCGGGCCUUCCUCACAGACACACUGCUCGACCAGCUGCCCAACCUGUCAGACCUGCAGGGUUUCCUGGCUCACCUGGCCCUGACCGAAGCCCAGCCCCCUAAGAAGGACCUGGUGUUGGAACAGAUCCCAGAAAUCUGGGAGCGGCUAGAGAGAGAGAACAAAGGCAAGUGGCAGGCUAUCGCCAAGCAUCAGCUGCGGCAUGUAUUUAGCCCCUCGGAACAGGACCUGAGGCUGCAGGCGCGAAGGUGGGCUGAGACCUACAGGCUGGAUGUGCUCGAGGCAGUGGCUCCAGAGCGGCCCCGCUGUGCCUACUGCAGUGCAGAGGCCUCCAAGCGUUGCUCCCGGUGCCAGAAUGAGUGGUAUUGCUGCAGGGAGUGCCAAGUCAAGCACUGGGAGAAGCAUGGAAAGGCUUGUGUCCUGGCAGCCCAGGGGGACAGAGCCAAGUGAAGGCUGCAGCGGCUGAGGGCCAACCACCCGUGCCUACAACCCACACGAGUGUCCCCCCAAAACCUCUGGAUCUCAAUCUGGCCUCUGCAAGUGCC